AUGGCCAAGCGCAUCACCAAGGAAUUUGCCGAAAUUUCCCAAGAUCCCCCUGAGGGCUUCUCGGUGGCUCUGCCUCCCAACGAUACUAUCCACACAUGGCACGUCACCUUAACGGCGCCCCCCUCGACCGUCUACCACCCAGGCAAAUUCGGCAUCCUCCUCAACCUUCCCACCGACUACCCCUUCAAGCCCCCGGUCGUCAAAUUUGUCACCCCCAUCUACCACCCUAAUGUGACAAACGAUAAUCUCGGCAACAUCUGCUUGGGUCUCCUUAAACCAGAUGCUUGGAAGCCCAGCACCAAGCUCUAUGCCGUUCUGGAGGCGCUUCGCAACCUCCUGGAAGAGCCCCAGCUCGACAGCCCUCUCGAAGAUCGCAUUGCGCAGCAAUACCAGACCGACCGGGCUGCGUUUGAUCAAGCGGUGAAGCAGCAUGUCCAAAAAUACGCCAUGGAACCACCUAUUUUCUCUCCUGCUGCUUAG